GGGCGGCCAGGUAAGACGACAAAAAUCGAUCAUAUCGAGGAAGUAACGGAGGAGAAAGAAGAAGACGAGAGAAAAAACAAUUACUCCCGCCAGCAGGCGGAGUUUCGACCAAAUUUUCAGUAUUUUUUUCCUCCUUUCUUUUGAUUAUUGAGGCCUCUUCUUUCCGUAAGGUUAGGGCAUCAUGGCGGAGUUGGCGGCGGAGGUCGCGGCGGCGGGAUCGGGGCCCUCCGUUGGCCCUGCCGGCUGGCCGGAGCAGGUGCGGGUGCGGCGGCGGACCCUGGAGGCGGUGCUGGAGCAGUGCCGACGAGCCCUCGAGCUGCUUCAGGACGCCAACGUCGAUCGAGAUCCCGCCCGGGAUGCGGCGGCGGAAGAGGAGGACGAGGAGAAGCGUGAAGAGGAGGGUUGCACGCCGCGCUCGCCUUCUGCCGCUGAUCAGGAGAUCGAUGAGCUGUGUGAUCUUCUCAAGUCUAAGGUUGAAUCAUCUGACUUUCUUGAAAAGCUUGGAAGCAACCACAAGUCAGUUUCUCACAGUAUUUCUGUAGUAGAUGAGAAUGCAUCUUGGGAUAUGGUUAGCACCACGGAUUUGUGGGAAGAUAAGCAAGGGGAUAAUGAAUCAGAUCCAGAUGGUUAUGUUCUUGUCAGGCAAGAGGACAUAGUGGAGGGGAUUGCUUGCUUCAUGGCUGCAUACCUGUUAUCAAUGAAACAAACUAAAGAAUUAACUCCCAAUGAACUUCAAGAAGCCCUCAGCAAAACAUUUGCUGUGAAAAAGAAGAAAAGUAGACUUCGAAAGGCAUGGGACGGAAGCAAAGUUAUUUAUAAUGUGGCUUCUUGGAGUGCAACUGCUAUAGGCAUAUACCAAAAUCCAGCAAUACUUAAAGCAGCCUCUGCAGCCUUUUGGUCAUCCUGCCGUGUAAUAUCAAAGUUAAUGUGACUUUGCUGUAAUGACCUGGGGAAGAUGUGAAGCCUGAGGGAUUUGGCAUCCAGUGCCUUGCACCUGCAGUGUUCCAGAAGAGAAGCUGUUUCAAGAACCUUCAUAUAGCUCUACAAUUGACACUUGUUAUUCAUUUGGAAAACUCUGAUGCUCCAAACUUUCAUAGAACUCCCGCAGCUGCCAAAAGUGUAAAAUGUUCCACCAUGUGUUUCUAGAUGAUUGAUUGUCCUUUCACAACCUCUUGUAUGUAUCUCUCUCAACUAGUCGUGAUAUUUGUGAAAUCAACUGUAUAUAUUUCAUUCUUUGGGUACUUAAUACUUCUUUAUCUAAAUCAUACGGGUUGAAUUCA